AUGCCGAAGAAGUUUAACAUUCGUGAAUGGGUUCUAUCCGUUAAAUAUUGGUUACUGCUUUUCAUUCCUCAUAUAUCGAUCUGUUUAAUGUUCUUCAUCUAUGUUCUAAUCGGUGCGAGUAUUAUUCAAGAAAUUGAAACGUAUCACAAAGAUAUUUCUUCUUCUUCUUCAACUAAAACCUUUCCACGAGAACGUCUCAUAUCAAAUAUAAUUGAGAAGAGACAAAUAUUUGAUAUUGAACAAUUUACUAAAUAUGUUUAUAAACAUAUUUGUCAAUACGAAGAAGAAAUAAUCAAAAGAAAGCAACAGAAUUUCAAAGGAAAUUUAUCAUGGAAUUUCUCGAGAUCAUUAUUUUUUAUUAUAACAACUUUAACAACUAUCAGUUCAAAUGAUUUUAUCCCAAAAACAAACAUAGGAAAAAUAUUCCUAAUGCUCUAUACUGGAUUUGGCAUUCCACUAACAUUGGUUCUCUUAAUUGAUUUAAGUUAUUUAAUAAAACGAUUGGUAAAAGCUAUUUCAUUGAUUAUCUUAUAUUUUUAUUCAUCGAAGAGUUUUUAUUAUAUUCGUCGAUUGAAGCUUUUUCGUUUUAUUGACAAACAAUUAAAUAUUUUUAUUGAAGAUGAUGAACAAAACGAAGAUUUAUAUGUAACAACAAAUUCUUCAAGUGCGCAACAAUAUUGUUGUAAUUUUUUAAAUAUAUUUAAAAAAUCAAAACACAAUAAAGAUUUAACUUUAGUACAAUUAAUGAUAACACUUUUUAUCUAUAUUGUUAUUGGUACUUAUUUUAUGCCAUCAAAAUCGUUUAUUGAUAGUUUUUAUUUAUGUUUUACAACAAUAUUUACAAUAAGUUUAAAUAAACUAGCAUAUCAAGACAAUAAUUUAUUUUUUAUAACUAUUUAUUUAAUUUUUGGUCUUGCCAUCAUGUUAAUGUUUAUACAAACUAUAAGAAUAAGACUCGAGAUGUUACUAAUCAAUAUUGCAAAGUUAUUAGUUAGACAUCUUUUAGAUUUCAGCCGACAGAUAGGUGCUCAUGAUUUACGUACUGAUGAUUUUUUAGUCGAUAAUGAUAUUAAUUCUUAUGCUAACUCAGAAUCUAUAUUUUCUCGACAUCCCUAUGUACCAAAUUCAACACUCUCCGAACAGCUAUCGUCUGUUCGUCCAAUUUGCGUAGCAGAACCAUUACGUCGUCUUUCUACUGGUCUCAUUCGAGUAUUGAAGAACAAUGAAGGUAACGACGAUAAAAAAUUGCAUAAAGGUACUCAAGUAACGACCAUUAUUCGACGUUGCAAUCGUUGUGCUGAAUCACCUUUGCCAGUUUUACCAAUUAGAAAGCAUAGUCUUGCGUCAAAUUCAUCAUAUUCGGCCACUGAUAACAGUUCAAGUUGUGAAGAAGAUGAUGAUGCCAUGGAACUUCCUUUACCAAAUUUAGAUCGAAUUCGUAGACGACGUGCAACGCUUGUAGCGAAAACGAUUAUUAAUCAAAUGGCUACGCAACCACGAUCAUCAAUUGAUGAAUUUAUUCCACCAUAUACAUUACUAUCAAAGCAACGACAUCGUUCAGCAGGUACACCAUCGACUCCAGUACGAUGCGCUGUGAAAAUAUCACUAUCGCCGUCACUUGAAUCUUCACGUAAAUUUGAUUAUAAUCAAAGCAAAUUUUCGGAAAUUUCCCAACAGAUUUCUUCGUUAGUAACAUCACAUGAAGAUUUAAAUUAA